GUCCAAAUCUUCCUUAGCACUGAUGCUGUUUUCCCCAUUACCUCCUAUACUCCAAGGACGCGCCCCAUUUUCACUAGUCUACUAGAGCCAAGAUGGCAAGCUCCCUGCAUCGACUUUGGAGUCAUGGUCGCUACCUGGGCACGAAACUGGGCACACUCUCCAGACCCUUCUCUGCGACCACGGACGCACUGGUGGAGACGCAGGCCAAGCCCGGCGAGAUCGGUAUGGUCUCUGGGAUCCCCGAAGAGCACCUUCGCAGGAGGGUGGUAAUUUACUCACCAGCUAGAACUGCAACACAACAAGGAUCUGGAAAAGUUGGAAGGUGGAAAAUCAAUUUUAUGUCAACGCAAAAGUGGGAAAAUCCAUUGAUGGGUUGGACAUCCACAGGGGAUCCAUAUGCCAAUGUUGGUGAUGCCGGACUCAGUUUUGAUAGUGAAGACGCUGCAAAGGCAUUUGCUGAGCGACAUGGUUGGGAAUAUGUGGUUAGAAACCGUCAAACGCCACUAUUGAAGGUCAAGUCAUAUGCAGAUAAUUUCAAGUUUAAGGGUCUUCCAAAAACAGAGGACAAAUGAUUGUAUUUCUCAGCAACUCUAUUUCCUGGCUGCACAAGAGAAGCGCAAUAUGGUUUGCAUUUUUUUUCACUGCACAUUUUCGGCAUGUAGCGACAAUGUACUUUCUUGCAAAACCUCUGUCCCAACUGAAUUCUUCUCAUAAUAAACGGGAUUGAUGGGUC